AUGAAAAAUGUACUCUUUUUGGUGAAAAAAUCAGAUAAACCUUUGAAAAGCUAAAGAAAUUUACUAAAUAAGUGGUUUUAAGAUUCUAUCAAAAGCUAUAUUUUAGAGUAGGUAGCAUUUCCUUUUUUCUCAAAAUAUCUUAAUUGCAAAACUUCCUAAGAACUAAAACACUUCAUGAGCUAAAUAGAAGUUGGUAAAAACAAACCUAAAUAUAUGGAAAUGAUUGAAUAAUACUUUUACUACGUCAACUAGUUCAAUCUGAGAGAAGCGUUUAUCCAAAAACUAAAUAGCAUUAUUAAAGAUCCAACUGACAUCACAGAACAAAAAAAUUAUCAUACGUAUAACUGUUAGAAGAUUGUGAGAAAAUAAUUUGUUUGUUUGCUCAUAUUGCGUUUCUUCGAGUAUUAUCACCUGCAUGAAUUUAUGUCAUUCUAUGAUUUAUGGAAUUUCUGCUUUCCUGAAGCAGUUCAAAAAAAAAAAAAACUUUCAAAAUAUGACACAAAAAUAUAAAAGAAAUAAAAAUGUUAAUCAGAGAGUUCUACAAAAAGUGGUUCAUCUCCUACUUUACCUAUUUAAUAAAUCAAUAAUAAUAUUUCUUUUUCCUCUCCUGACUCAUCACAUAUAAAAAAUGAGUAACCAUCUUCUGAUUUGAACUCUCUAAUUGCUAAUAAUCUCCAUUAAAACCAACUUUAGCUACAAGAUAAGAUUAAACAAUAAAAAGAGUAUGAAAACACUAGCUUUUAGUAAUAAUAAAUUAGCAGUAAAAUAGUGGAGGAAGAUGAUGACGAAGAAGAAGAAUAUAUAAAUCUAUCGCAUCAAUUAAGCUAUUAGUAAGAACUAAUAUGUAAAAAAGAAGAAGAACCCUCGUAGAGCUAAAAUAUCUGCUCAGAAAUUAAUUUAGAACCAAAAAGAAAUUAACAUAAAUACUUGUGUAUCUAAUAAGAUCCAAGUCUCAUCUAUUAUUAAAUAUAAUAUUAAUACUACCUUCCUGCUUAAUAAAUUCCUAAUUAAUUUAAUGCUUCAUAAUGCAAAAUUGAAAUUAAAACAGAAGAUCUUAAUCAACCUAUCUUUUAAUUAAAUUGA